AAGAAGAAUAAAAUAUGGCAGGAUCUUGAUUAUCGGAACGCCGAUUAGAGGAAAAAGACAAAGUUAUUGGAAAAUCAACGUUUUAUUAUGCAAGAAUUAAUUAAAAUGAAGAUUUGUCGUCUUUGUUUCAGCCUUGCAUAAAGGCUUGUAAAUGUAAAUCGGGAUACUACAAGGACAGUGAGGGCGUGUGCGUGUCUAUCAUAGCUUGCAUCGUCGAUAAUAUCAGAAAUCGAAUUCCACAGGUAACAGAGCGAAGCGAUUCUUCUUCGGCAAAUACGUCAUAGCCAAGGUGCUAAAAUUGAACAGGUGUUUAUCCAUGUUUGGAAGAAGGAAGUUUAAAGAGUACAAGUAGAACGAGAAUUACGCGUAUUGUGUACGAUAUUCGGGAAGAAAAAUAGAUAUAUUAAUCUGCUGUUACUUACUCAAUUUUAAUAACGUCUGUCGCAGUAUAUUUCUUGAUAUUUGUGUAUAAAUAUCAAGAAUUAUGAAAUAAAUGUUCCCAUAUUUAUAUACUUCAAGCGAAGUGCGGUCAGUCGUAUGAAUUUCUGCAAAUCUUGACGGAUGUCAAAGACCACGACCUCUCCAGAUUAUAAUUUUGUUAAUUGCUCGUCUUGAACGAUACCGAUAUUAUCUCACGAUACUUACUUUUUCAAAACAUAUGUUGCAUUAAAGAAUAAUUCGAGGAAAAUAUUUACUAUGGAAUCGUAGUACUUAAAUUUAUCGAGGAAAUUGCCAAAACAAGGUGCAUCUGCUACCGAUUAAAGAUUAUUGUACAAUUAUCUAAUCAUGUGACAAUAUUUCUAACCAACAGUGUAUUUACUUCGAAUGGUACUCCAGGUCAAGUACUGUCGAUUUAUCAAUUAACAUCUAACGUACGCUUCUAGAAGCAUCCUCCGACCGAUUGGAGCUGUUUCAAAGACAGAUUUUAUCUUUCCUACAUUUCUAUCGUUAGGAUAUUUCUUAAAUUCGAGGAGAAUUAAAAAAGAUCGUGACUUCGAAAUGACGAGACAAAAACUUUUUUAAAUAUUAAAUAUUAUUUUUCUGCGGCGCAGCUAAGUCUUGACCAAACUGCUGCGACUUCUCUAAAUAUUCCAGAAGCUUGAAAAAUUCAAAUGGCUUAGAGAAAACAGCCAUCUUUCUCGAAUAUACUCUGUUCGUUUCUAAGAAGAUCUCGGCAAAGAUCAAAUAGCGUAAAGUCAACCAACUACGGGCUACGGAUACGAGGACAUUUGCCGAAGAUAAGCACUUCCACUGCUAUCAAAGGCGCGAUCUGUCUCUCUCGAUACUAUCGCGAUCGUUCGAGGACCAAACAACCUACUAAAUUCACAGCUUUUUGCCCUGAUGCAUAAAGUUGCAUGAAGAUGCACAAAAAUGGUCAAAUUAGCGACCACGAUAAGUAUUUGUACGCCACUUUCGUAUGGCUACAAAAAUUUAAUACUGCGGAAAUGAAAUUAGGAGUUUGACAAAGAAACGUUGCAUAAAAAAUAAGAAUGUGUAGCCACGGUGAAUGGUGAUAUUUGUGCUAUGAAAUGAGCUACGACGAUCGCGAAACGUCCCUUGCUUGUUUGACCAAAAAGAAUUCUACUAAAAGAGGAGAGAAAAAAAAGAACUAGAAAGAAUAUUAACACCGAAACUCGACGAAAUUUUGCCUGCUAAAUUUCGGUGCGCGCGAUUGUCAAUCGCUUUUGUUACGCUUAGGCGAAACAAAUUCGCGACGAAACUUGCGAAACGACGGGAACCGUGGAAAGACGCGACAGCCACAGGCGACUUCUUGGAAGAAACGAGAUUGUACGGUAAACACGAGUCGAAGUAGCCAGAAUUGGAUGGCAAAGGUCGUUAUCCGUAACCUCGUUUUACAGAUUUCGAAUAUGUAUUCGGUUUUCCCAAUGGUUUCGUUCACCGAAACGACGCCAACUUUCCUUCGAGAUCAUGACGGAGACGAUAUGGUGAAAGAGAGGCGUGUUCGUAUCAAUGAGCAACGACUAAUGGUACAGGCAAAGAUUAGAAACGAAUAGGCACUCGACUCUUCGAUAAAUAAACGAUAACAUUACGUAGGAAACGACAUCGGUUAUUUCCUUAAAGUAUUGAAAUUUUUCCUGGACCUCGCUCAGGUGAUCUAAUGAAACGUGAAAUAACGUGCUAAUAAGAUACACGAGAACGAUAGGUACAGUAACGGACAAAAGUAUCUGAAUAAUUGCAGCGGAUCACGAAAGAAUAUCACACUUGUGGAAAUUGGCAAAGUGUGGACAGUCAAUUAUUCGUUACAUUAAUAAACUGGAAUAAUUAAUGAGACCAUCUUUAGCGCUAAUUAUAUUUUUCGGCUCGCUACCGUACACUAAUCUUUUACCAAUUAUAUGUUUGCAAUAAGUUUCUUGUGUCUUCUAUAUACAUUUUUGAAAUGGUUUCAAAUUUUGAAGAAUAAAAAAAACUUGUUGCAUGGAACAAGAAUUUAAUUGCGAGAGGAUUUGAUUUUCUUGUCAAACAGCUGAUUACACAGAUUCCAAUUGUUUGGAUUCGGCAAUUAAGCGCAAAAAAUAUCACUGUGAGAUUUGCAUCACCUCGUUUGUUGUUUGCUACGCGUAUAUUCCAUCGAUAGACGAGAUAUCGGCAGCGAUAAACAACAAAAAGAUUGCCACGAGCUAUCGCUAAUCUGGAUAUGACGAAGUAGUUAAACGAUGAAUCGAGAGAGUAGGAUGAGUCGGUUGCGACAAAAAAUUUUGGAAGCACGGUAAGCGAAAAGGGGGAGUGGAGUGUGAAAGUCAUGCGUCGGAUUGUAUAAAAGCGCGAGCGGCAGAAAGUACAACUCAAUCGUAACAGACGCAACAUAGAUUGACAGUAGUCUCAAAUCUCAACGUUAUUUCGACGACUUUAAUCGCCAUGACUCGUGUAGCAGUUCUUCUCUUACUCGUCGUGGCUAUUGUGUACAGCAGUGCAUAUCCUCAGGCGUCAGAGGUUAAUCAAGAAUGUGGUCCAAACGAGGAAUUCAAUUCUUGUGGAUCCGCGUGUGUGGACACCUGUGAGAAACCAGCAUCACCUAUCUGCCCUAUGAUGUGCGUGAUCGGUUGCCAGUGUAAACAAGGUUUCGUAAGGAACAAGGAGAACAAGUGUGUGCUCACUCGCAAUUGUUAAAUUUUAACGAAAUACUUUUCUGUGAAAUAUUUUUCUGAUUGAAAGAUCAACAUAACGCUCGCAAUAAUUAUGCACGGUAGAAUGCUUCCUGCGUAAUUUGUUGUAUCAUUACUUAUUGUUAGUGGUAGCCACUGAACGACUACAAUUAUUGUACUGCUUACUUUUGUUAAGCUUUGUUACAUUUUUAGUGAAAUACACAUAAAGAUAUUUA